UCUGGUAACUUUAUGGGAAUUCUGCUAUGCUAUUUUUUCCGAGUCACUGGGGUCAAGACCUUUAAUUUAAGACACCUCCCACCUCCCACUUUUCUGCGACUUACCAGACGUCCAAAAUUUUCUGGUAAAGAUUUUGUCUUACAGAAUUAUAUAUAAGGAUUGCGCAAUAAUUUUUUUGUACCCUUCCUCACUUUGUGUCGUCGUCACUCGUCUUGUCAACUCUUUAUUUAUCUUUCUUUAAAUUAGUUACUUUCUAAUUUAAUUAAUUACUGGGAUAGAUGAUGGACUUGGAUCUCGUAGCUGGAACGAUGUAGACAAGCAGUGAAGAUUAUUUAUUCUCGAUGAGAAUUUAAAUCUAUUUUAGAGUAGUAAUUGAGUUCAAAUGGCCAAUCAAAACAAUCUGAAAUUUUAAGGAGUUGUUAUAGAGAUGCUUAAUAAAAGUAUGUCUGACUUGGAUUUUAUACUUGGCAAUGAAAAUAAUAUUAUGGAAGGAAUCCUGAAGAACAGUCUUGACGUAGUGGAAGUCUUGGCGGGGAAUGGGAAUGAGGACAUGGGAGCUGAAAGGAGUGGUUUAGAUUUACUUCAGAAUGAUAGAUACAUUUUUAUGGAUAAAAAAUAAAAUAAGGAAAAGAAGAGACUAGAAUACUCAAGGUGUUCUUUGCAAAGAAAACUGAGAUUACACAACCCAGCUUAGUGGAAGAAAUACAACUGCUGUGCCCAAAUCAUGGCAGAGUCGGAGAAUUAUAAAACUAGACUGAGGAACAUCUCGUCAUCUCUGGAAAAGAUUGUAGAAUGCCCAGUAUGUCUGGACACAAUCCGAAUUCCAUUUAAGACAUGCAGCAGAGGUCAUGGGGUUUGCAACAGCUGCUGCGAGAAGCUAAAGAACUGCCCAACAUGCCAAGGUCCAUUUAUAAUAGAGAAUCCUGUGUGUUUGAAAAACAUUCUGGAAGCCAUACCUCGUCAGUGCAAGUACCAUGGAGAUGGUUGCGAAGAUGUUGUGGAGCCCGCGAGUGACCAUGAGGAAUUUUGUGGCUUCAGACCUGUGAAGUGUAGGGACAGAAAUUGCAACACUGUGACUCCUCUAAUAAAACUGAUGGAUCACUACAAGAAAGAGCAUCAUCAAUGGUUCCUGAGGUACAAAGCAAAUUCAACUGAAUUUUUGGUUUGGAGUAAUUUUGACCCUGAAAAACGUCAACAUAGUCCUCCUCUUAUCUUUGUGUUUGACAAUAUAUUCUGGUUUAACGAAAAUUUUAAUCAAAAUCAGAAAUAUUUAGAAAUCACCUUUGAAGCAACUCCGAUCGGGAAGUUAAAAAAUGAUUAUUUUGUUAAAGUUAAGGUUGAAAAAGGUGAUUUUUUAUAUGCAUCUACAUUGAAGGCUUCUGUGGUGAAGGGUUGUCAAAAAGAGGAGAACACAAACUGGGAUAAUUGCAUGAGGAUUCCACAGAGCUCCUUAUCUAAUCUUAUUCUUGAAAGAAAUUUUAAAUAUGAGUUGAAGUUUUUUGCAUGCAAAAAGUAAAAUCUUCUUAUGUACAUUAAACUUAGUUGAAAAUGGUUCAAAUUGUGUUGCAAUGUUAAGUUUUGUGUAUAAAGCUUUGACAUUUUCGGUUUACCUCCCUCAGCUGAGUAUAAUACCAGCCUCUUCACUCAGGAUAAAAAUUGAACAAUCUAUGCUAUUUAUUUGAUUAGAUUUAUGAGAGUUUGGUUAAAUGUUAACUUUGUUAACUUGUUAUAUCCUGUCAUCAUCGAGUAUCUAAUAUAGUACAGUGCAAAUAGCAAUAACAAAAUUUUUUGGCCUAACCUCAAUAUCCAAAAUGAAAGCUAACUUUUGACUCUUAACUGUUCAAUAUACACUAGUCCUCAUAAGCGUUUGGGGUUUGGAAGGUUAAUAAAUUUGUAGUUUUCUUUUAAAUAUUUCAAUAAUUUUGCUGUUAAGCGCAAAUCACUUUACUUACAAAAAUAAUCUAAGAUAAAUUAUCAUUAACUAUAAUAGCUAUUUAGAUAUUUCGUAAAAUCCCAAAUUCUGCAGAUUUUUCAACUUUAAUCCCCCUUUCCCCCGAACCUAACGAUAAAAAAUAUGUAUAUUUUUACCAGGCAAUAUGGGAACUGUAUUGACCGGUUUGGAGUCUAAAGUUAGCUUUCACUUUGGAUUUUGAGGUUUCAGUCUAACUGCACCUAUUUAAUAUCAAAGAUUUAAAGCAAAUGUGUACUAUGAUAUGACUUUGCAGUUCCUUUAACUAAACGAUUUUGUAGUUGUGAAGAGUAACACGAUAGUGUCAUAUAAGAAAACCUAGACAAUAUUUAUUUAAGAUUUUGUAAGUUUGUGGUUAAUAAUGUCAAAUUUUUUGAGCUCAUAAGAUACAGUACAAUGAUUAUUCUAUCUGUAAUAUGCAGAUAGUAUAGGGAUGAGCUAAAUGAUUUGUGUUGUUAUCAUGUUAAAAACUACGUAAUGAUUUUGUAUUUUGCCACAUAAUGAUGCAAUUGAUUGUGUUUCUUGAUACUUUUUUAUUCAUUUUCCAUUAAAGCAUAUUUUUAAGAUCUUAUAAAAGUUCAAAUAUUUCGAUAAGUUGAUGUAAUCUAAAAAAGUGUGAGACUCAAUUAAACUUUACUUGUUUGUGUAUGAAAUA